ACACAAACCAGCAAAGAAAAGCAUCACCUACAACGUACGUUCUCACGUAGUUUAAGCUGAUUAUGGAUUGGCGAUCAAAACUUUAUCAGUGUACAAUCUGCUUAAAGGGUUUUAACACAGAAAUUGGCCGUGUUGAUCAUCAAAUGGAUGUACAUGGUGAUUAUUCAUUUUAUGGAGUAUUCACUUGUUCAUACGAAUUGUGUACCCGGAAGCGGACUUUUCGACGCCAAGUUGACGUAGGCAAUCAUUUGAAAAACCCUGGCAAGUGGCACCAGAGAAAAGGUAAUAUUGAUCAAAAAUAUAACUUUUACAUACAAUGUCAGGACGUGAGCUAAUACCCGAAGUCUUUAGGAGUACGAUAUGAAGAGAAAAUGAAAGCCAAACCAGGAAGCUUGAGAAAAGGCGCUUAGAGCGACGAAUUCUAACCGAAAGCGAGGCUUUGACGCUACAACAUUUGUAAAGUAAACUGAAAGCGAUAACUAAAAGGGAAAGGGGUGAAUAAAACGGUUCAAGUUUUCUUUCAAACAGUUUCGCAAUAGACCAUUUUUAGCUUGUAUGUUUUUUUUCCCAAGUCAGAGCACGUGAAGUUCCCAGCGGAGUCCAUGAUGUUCACAUUUCUUGAACAUAUUGUGGGUAGCACGUUUGAAAGACAUUACGUGGUUUGAAAUGGCAAAACAAAACAUACAAGCUGAAUGUGCUAGAUGGUCAAAACAAGCGUGAACAGAUUCCGAGUGAUAGACAUUCCAUUCAUUCUUAGUGGGAGUCCAAACGAAUGCUAGCGCAUACGUAAUAACAACCUUAUACGAAAUUUAACAAAUUAUCGUCAACGCUAUGUGGAGAUUUCAUCGAAGUUUGAAAUUAGUUAGAGACUUUUUAUCGAUUUAAGUUUAUAUUCCUGAAAGAACUCAGAAACAGAGUGCGAAAAAUUGCAAGCCAAAUUACAAGCAUUUCAUUUGGUGCCAUUUUUUGACUGCUGUCGUUCAAGGAAGCCGAAUUAAAAAUGAAAUGUCGACAAACUGAAUAAACUUGAGAAAUUUCUCGUUUUGCCUUUUUUGCGAUAAGUGAAAUACAACAAUCACAUAAGAAAAAUUGACUUAAGCAAUGGACGAAAAAAAUCCUAAAAAAGUCCAUCUUAUCUAAAAAAAAUUUUGGGCACUUACUUCAAGUUUUCUUAAGGUGAGUGUCGAAAAAAAGGUAUCGUAUUUUUCGUUUUUGCGUGCAUUUCACUAAUCAAGCAGGUGAUUUUUCUGGAGUUUUUCAGUUUCUAGUUCCAGGUAUUAGCGAAAAGUAGAAUUGCCGGAAGCGAUCACCGAUUCAUAAUAUUCUCAAAGCGCCGUUUGGGUAGUUCUUCGUGUAAACCGUACUUCAGUUUCGCAAUAUCUAAGUCCGUCUUUCUUCCCGCGUUUGACCCUUGUACUGUAACCCGUCAGUAAAGUUCUGAAAGAUUACUGCCUCCCACUACACAAGUUUCACUUCCUUGGGUUUUUGCUGCAGUCAUUGCUCUUGCCCUUCUUCCUAUUUUUCUGCUUUAGGAGACUUUACGGACACCCGGAUAAUACGGACACCAUGGCACGUCCCCUUGAUGUCCGUAUUAACCGGGCUCCACUGCAUUAUUUGGAAAUCGGCCAUUGCACUCGCAGUUCGUGCAAAGAACAAAAGAUAAUGUGAACGUCAGAUUUACAUGAAGCUCUACCCAAACGGCAAUUUGAGACUGUAAUGGUAUUUUCCAAAGUGUCCCAUACAAGGCCUUACGUCACGCCGUUUUUACGGACCGGUUUAUUUUUAGAGCACUUUUCUCCCGCGAAAAUAGAAGCUUUUCUCCGUCGAUGUGCGCAUUGUACCUCAAGGGGCAUUUCUAGGACCGGUACUUUUCCUUUUGUUCGUCAACGAUAUGCUUCUCCACUUUCACAAGUAAACUAUGGACAUUUACGCAGACGAUUCCACCUUGUCUUUAAGUUCAAAUUGGAAACCAUCCCAUUACUGAAUCAAUUCAUCUAAGGACCUAACAGAGAGGGAGUGAUGGGCUACAGAGAACAAUGAAAAUGUAUUUAAAUACGCAAAAAUCGUAAGCUUUGUUGGUUACGGGGAUGCAUAGGCGUAUGGGCUAAGGCCCGGUUCAGAUGCCGAACUCUGAUGGAAACUUCUAAAGAGUUCUUUAUUUUUAUUGAUUUAAAAAUUCCUGAAACAAGGUUUACUACCAUUCAAAGCCCAUUUGUUACUUUUGAAUAAACAUUUUGGCAGUCACGUGCACGUGAAACUUUAAAUUAUGCUUUCAUCAUCUUUUAUCCAGUUAUGAAUAUGGUGUCCCCGCGACCUUAGAGGGUCAAAAAUACCAUUUUCAGGUUUGUUAGAUUAAUUUGCUGACUAGUUUGUCGGACUUAAAAGAUAUUCCAAUCGUUUUAAAAAUCGACAGGUCAUGGUGAAAACACAAGUACCUGGAAGUUGCUCGCUUGAAGCUGUUUUCGUAACACUUUGCAAUGGUUCGUUUUUCCGCACUAAUUCGCAGGACCCUAAUUUUCUUACAAUUAAAAAAAAUACAACUAGAUUUAUCAUUUAGCGCUAAAGGUCUAAAGGUGUAGUUAGGGUGUACUGUCACGGUUUUUUUGUUACGUAUGGCUAUAUCUAUCUGUCAUACAGUGACUUAAAUUGUUUCUCGAAUUGCAGGUGCAGAAAAUUCCACCUUCAACCUCGUUCCCAUGUUCCUUUCCCUUCCUUCCAUGAGGAAGCAAGAGAAGGGAAUCUUUGAACAAGGUUGCUCUAGCCUGGAAGUGAAUAAAUUCGUAAGUGACGAGCUCCAACCAGAUGACGAAUUUCAUGGUCUGUUAAAUAAUGCCAUUGAUCCCUUGUACCGAAAACUUCAGAAAGGCUGGGAGUAUACAAUCUAUGGAAUUCAUAACCUGAUCAAGGUAACUGCUGAAACAGCCCCCUGCCCCUCCCCACCAGCGCUAAAUUAUCGUUGUAGUGGUCUUUAUUUUUCAACAAUAUCCCAAGACAGGUAAUCGGCUCCUGCCCUAGAAGAUACUGGAUGUAUUUCAAAAGGGUGUGGUACAGGAAAACCAGCCGGCAGUUGAAAUGUUUGCCUCUGCAAGUUAUUUCAAAAGGCAAUAUAGUUUUUUUAAUACAGUGAAAGAAGCUGGGAAAUAGUAAAAUUUGAAACACCGGCAAAUAACUUCUACAACUCCGGUCAUGUUAAAACACUUCCUGAAAGUACAAGAUAAACUAAGUCGUUCCAAGAAUACAUGUAUCGCUUCCCUCUCCUUCCCUCAAAAAUAUUUCGUGGGUUUGCUUGGGCAUAAACGUCUUCAAAAUCAACAUUGAAGGGGAAGGGGAGAAGAAAUUCGUAAGCGUUUCUCAGCAAUCAUGGCCGGGUAUGUAGCUUUAAUACCAAAUCGUUGAUUUUUAUCGUUAAAAGUUACGAUUACCGUAAAAAUCCACGAGUAAGAACCUGAACAUUAAGAGCCUGUUAGCAUAAAAUUUGUCAUUUAUACCCCCUAUAAACAAGAACCUGUUUAGCCUAGAAAAUGAUGAAAAACAGGCUCUUAUUUUUUAAAAUCAUAUUAGUGAAAUGCAGCUCAGGCAAAGCUGUACAAGAAUCCCGUUUGGAGAAUUAGGAGCUUGGCAUUGCUGUGCAAAUAGAAGUGCUUACUUAUUGACAUAAUAAAAAAAUAAAGUGAAAGAGGUAAUAUUGUUGUAUCGCUUUUUUGAAUUAAAAAAUAGGCUGAUUACCAUCUUGUUUAGUAGCUUGUAUUUUUUGUUUUUUUAUUUACAGAAAUAAGAACCUAUUUAAGAGCCUAAAUGGCCUAAAAUUGUGUUAACUACCAUUUAAAUAAGAACUUUUUUAGGCUAACUCCAGAAAAUGUAGGUUCUUACUCGCGGGUUUUUUACUGUUACAGUAACGUCCCCGAAACUUUGGCCUUGGAGUCCCCUCUGCUAACCCAGAGGGGUUUCUAGAUCUUGGGCCGCGGUCGUCGUGAGUUUAGCACGAAAGUAAUAAAAAAAAAAUGCUAUGAUUAGAUUCCUUCCUUCAGCUGUGCCUUGUCUUUUUAGGGUGGAUCCAUUGCAAAAGGCACUGCAUUAAAAAACAACGCCGACCUGGAUUGCGUUAUGGUCAUGAACGGUAUUGAAAACGCUUCCCAGUUGAGUAGCAAACUACCUGACAUCUUGGGUAUGCUAGAGUCACGUUUGGGGAGCAGUAUCGGGGACUCCUGGAGAUUGACUUCCAUAAACAAGACGCGGUUCUCCUUGCAGUUUAACAUGUCACGUUAUUUCAAUCCUGGGGAGUCUGUUAAGUUUGACCUUUUGCCCACAUUUGAAGCAAGCGUAGCGGGCGUCGAUGGUACGUACGUAACCGCAAGAGUUGAAACGCUGAGUUACUCAUAGAGUAGUUAGUGCACGGCUGUUUGAAUGAGAGGCCCCCUUGAAGAAAUUCCCAGUUAACUCAACGUUCAUAACCCAACCUAACUUAACUCAUCGCACAACUGCUUUUUAUCCUAUAGUACAAAUGUAAUUGUUCACCCGGUUUUGACUGAAGUCAGCAAAAUGUAUAAAACAGUGAAUGUCGAUCAGCUAGAGAUUUGUUUUGUUUUUCCUUUUUUGGUCAAUUAACAUGUCUUUCCAGUAGGGCAAUCUCUAUUUUUUCACUACCUCUUGCAGUCUUGUUUUAAUUUAUUAUUUGUUUCCUUAUUUCAUCUUCAUCACUACUACUUCAAUUGUACCAUUCUAAAUUCUUUUUCUUUCCAUAAUUUCAAGUAAUUAUACAAGUUUUUGCCGUCACUUGUAUGUCUCACGCCGCUGAAUGUUCAUUUCACUUCUUUUUGUAUCUCAGUGUUUUUUUUAAACAAACGACUGGUCUUAACUUUUGUGCAACAUCUUGAAUUUCAUUUUAUUUUGUUUGCCAUCAAUAUCUUCCACUAGUUUGCUAACGUGCUCAAAGUUCUUUGGACAAAGACCACAUCGCCGCUUCAAGUGAAAUUCAUAAGAUGGGGGGUGUCUCAUCAUCAGGUUCUCUCGGUCCUACUAGAUGCAUGGCGACAGUUUCAAAUUCCCCCACCCUAGGGGUUUGCACAACAAUCCAAUAGUAUACCUACCCAGGGGACAGCUCUGAAAAUAACAUUCCCAUGAGAAGGCAUUAGUGCCCUCCAUUCUCACCAGGGGCUUACCAUUUCAUACGUAGGUGCAACAGACAUACAUAAUCUUUGCGCGCAGAUUAAACUACUAAACAGUGAGUUUUGGGUUGUUGGUCAACUGCCCAUCAGUGAAGCUAAAGACAUGCGCAAUCUUGAAAAACGAUUUAUGAAAUUUUAUUGCAUCUUUUAUGAUCUUGAAUCUGAGGAGAGAUUUAAUCUUAUCAGCGUUUAGUUAAAAUACUUUUAUGAUGUUACAUCUAAGCAGAGAUUCAAUAUUCUUUGUCUUAGAGCGAGAAAGGUUUUACAGAAAAAUGCUUGAGGACAAAAAGAACUGGCCAUACUACUCCGCAGCCCUUGUGUUGAUUCAAAAACACUUCGUCAAGGAACGGCCUGCACUCGUAAAAGACCUGAUUCGGUUGUUGAAGUAUUGGCGCAAGACGUAUAUUCCACAGAUUGGUAGUAAGCAUGUCCCACCCUCCUAUCUUCUGGAGCUUCUCACAAUACACGCCUGGGAAGAUGCAAAUCGUCCAGAGAGAUUUGACUUGAAGAUUGGUUUUAAAGCUGUUAUGGAGGUUCUAAAGAAUCACCAAAGUCUUCGUGUUUCCUGGGGAGAUUACUACAGAAAGAAUUUAAUUCCAAGCAGGUACAUUCAUGGAGUGUUCUAAAUUAGUUUAACCAGGAUAAACGAACCUUGAGGACAUAGACCGUCUCGGAUGUUCGUAAACCGGUAUCCUCUUUUUACCUUAUUUCAACCAGUUACCAAAUCCGUUAGGAAUGUCUAUCGAGGCAAGAAAUUCGUAACACGUAAAUUUUAGAAAUAUAGCAAUUGGACAAAUUUUUUUUUACUGGAGAAUUUUAUUUAUGGCAUAUUUUCGUUUUUGGCAUUUCAGUCUCCUGUAUGGGCCAUAUGUAAUUGAUCCUGCCAACCCAACCAACAACCUGCACGACGCUGUUGACUGCUGGGAUGAGGUGAAAAAGGUUGCAGAAGAAACCAUGCGGAAACCCCUUCUCAGAGAUGUGUGGGUUACAGCUAACUGGAGCUGAAGAACCAAGAUUUUAUUAGAUUUAUUUGUAAUAUGUAGAGUCCCUAAAGGGAUUAGGGUAUAAUUUGGGUGUGUAGUGUGUAGCAGCCAGGCGUGUCAUCGAUGGCACCAUCAACUAUGUAACCGCGCGACAGCUAUUUCUUACACUACUGUACUGAAGUAGUUACCCUGUAUUAGUUUUGCAGUUCAUUAAAGCUUUUAGUAAGAUAACAGGUCUCCAUGUUCUUUAGGAACCCAAGAACUCAACAGACUCAACAUCUGAAAUUUCCUCUAUUUUGUGUAUUGUCAAAGCAACGGAAGAAAAUGGUGAUUGGUGACAUUUUGAGCCGAUGAGAAGGCUACCCAGAUCGUUUAUCAAAUUUCUGAUUUCUGCUGCUGGCCAUCUUGAACUGAAAUUUGUUUCAGAGUUAUGAGAGGGUCACCCAAACCAUUUACCAAGAUUUCAAUUUGGGCUUCUUUUCAUCUUCGAAUUUUUACCACAGGGGAUAACCUACAAUCGAAAAGUAUGUUAUAGCUCAUAAUUCCCUCGCCCCAAAUUCAUAAAUAACCAUGAUCAUAAAAAUCAGUUUCUCACAGUGAUUUAUUCAGAACAUGUGUAAAUCAACAGUUGCAAUAUUAUAAAAACAAUCAUGGCAAUUCAGUACUGCGUUACUCGUUACAUUUUAAUCCCAUAUUUCUUCUGGGGAGGUCCAUGUUUACUUCGGGUGUGCAGAGUCAACGACUAAAGAGUUGAAAAAAGCGCGUACAUCUUGUUUGUAUCAUACAGUCGACACUUAACUUCGUUUUCUUAAAUACAAGGCGAGUGUGCAACCUUGUUCCCAGGGUCCACUCCUGCUCUUCUUUCGGGAGGAUGAGCAGGAGAGGAAUUUGGGAACGAGGUUGGACAAGUGUGUAGGGAUGUGUAAGUGAAAUCAUCACGCUUGAAGCCUGAAUCACGCCUAACGCUUCUUCAUUUCACCUAAGAAAAAUUAAAAAGAUAAUAUAAUAAGUAUGUAUCGACAAAUAAAAUAAUACACAAAAACAAAGAACUCACCCGGCAAACCCCUUUGUUCGCGAAGUAAAGAGGUGAAGCCCACGAUCUGGAGCGUGUGCAAAGUCUGAUCAACGUCAUUGUAAGAAUGGGAGUGCUCAUCCAGUUUAGAUAUGUAGUGUACGGCAGCCUUUGAGCAGGCUGUCUUGUGGGGUGUACGAUUAAGGGACAAGGAGAAGAAUGGGCGAAAGGACAGGGUAAGAAGCUCCUGCGUCCUUUAGCACACUUCCCCUUGUUCACAAACGAAGGGCAAGCCCACCAAUAUUGCUCUGCUCCGUAACAAGGUAAAGUUGACUAUAACUUAAGACGUUUUCAAGGACACCUUCGACAGUGAGAAAUAUCGUCCCGUAGACUAUGAGUAGUCUUUUGUUUUCACUUAUCGCUAAUAGAGCCAGGGAGAUACUGAGCGAUUGCCAGCUUGCGAAGAAAAACGAAUGCACUACGAGCCAAGGUGGAGAGAAGGCGAGAAAGCGCGAAACAGGCCCGAAAGUGACUAACCUGAGAUCAGACCCAAUUUUAGCGGUUCUCAUACAUUCUCUCUAACGGCUACCGCUAAAAUCGGGCCUCUCUUUUCGUUUCGCCAUGCCCGUGGGAAUGUGAUUUUCAAAGCGAAACGAAAAUAGAGCCUGAUCUCAGGUUAUGAUGAUGAUGAUGGUGUGAUGAUGAUGAUAAUGACGAUCAUAGUGGUGAUGGUGGUGAUUAGGCCUUUCCCGAUUGUGUUCGUAAAAUGCUGGAAAAAUGCUCACUGGAAUAGAUAAAAGCUUUAUUUUUCGUUCUUCACAAUAAUCACUAACAUCGGUCACGAAAAAUAGCUCGAAGCUUAGGUAUUUUUAAUGAAAAAAAGUAAAAAAAAAAAAGUACUUUUUUUAACAAAUUGAUAAACAUUCAAGAAAUUCGCAUGAAUUGAAGUUUUCGAUGAAAUAGUUGACUUUUUCGUGCUUGAUAUGUGCUCUAAACGUAUAUUUUGCUCAAAAGUUGCUCAGAAAGGCAAAAUUUGCCCGAGGUUGCUAGAACCGCAAAAAGUUGCUCCAGGCGCCAAAAGUUGCUCAAAAGUUGCGGAGCACAAUCGGGAAAGGCCUAGUGGUGGUGUUAAUUUGGGGUGCGUUUCUUCACUAAAAUUCAAGAUCAUGCAGAUCAAAAAUCAGAUAAUUAGGAUUUUUCGUUGAGAAAAGAAACGAUGUAUCCAGAAGGGAUAAUUUUCAUUCAUUUCCAUUCCGACGGAAUCCCGGACUGAAAGAAUAACACGGCUGCUGACAAGGCCGCAAGUUUGAUGAUCUUUCCUUGUAUUCCGGACGGUUAGCAUUAGGAUACUGCUUAAGACGGGCCAAAUGAAGACAAGUCUUGAAAUAAGAUUUGUAUUGGUAAAAUAAAUUCUUGCAAGACGCGCCGGCGAAGUUGUGUAACAGUUUUUUCCUUGUAACUAGAACAAUGUAGGUCCUGUUUGUAUUGCGAUUUUACCUCCUCUAUAAAACGGAUAAAACCCAUCGCUUAAUUCAUGACUCCGGUUCAAAAAUGACCGUAUAGGUAAGCUGUCUUGUCAAAAAGCUGUUGUAUGUAUUAAAAUUAUUUCAAGUUACCGCUGGCAAUGUUCACUCUUUUCGGAUCCGUAGUAAAGAAACGCUUAGGAUGUGUCCAAAGUAUCCGGUUUUGGAUAAUGAUCCAAAGAAUCCACCUCCGUUGUGGAUCAUUUGGAUCCAUGAUCUGCUUUUCGAUUUAACUAAAGAAACGAAAUAUCCGUUUCGGAUUGAAAAUCCGGAUUUGGAUUUAAGUAAAGAAAUAACGCACCCUUGAUGUUGAUGUUCAUGGUGACGAUGGCGAUAAUAAUGAUGAUGAUGACGACCACGAUGAUGAAUAUAAUGAUAAUUAUGAUGAUGAUGACGUUGGUGCCACGAGGAAUGAGGAUCCAUCAAGACCGUCAUGAGCCAUGCAUGCAGUACUAAUAAGCGGCGACGGGUUUUACAUAAACAACGAAUUGAAUCCAAGACGAUGACAGCCUAGCGCAAAAUUUGACAAAAAAACUGCUGUCCAUCAGCAAAACAAGCUAGGUUCAAAAGAUAUCAAUUACCUUUCCUUUUUUCUAAACAAGCAACGAACUGAUUUUUUAGAAAUAGUCAAGAAAGUCAAAGAAAACAAAUCUUGACUAGAGAAAAUAGUUGCCUGUCUCCUUUAUUACAGUACAUUACCUUUGCUAUGUUAUACUUUGCUCGUUUCGGCGUUGCUAAAAUAACACCCCUGCAAAUAGUUCUGACCGGCAGUUUGUAUUAUUUCAUUCCAAUGUACCACUUGUAUACUUAUUAUACUUUAUGCUUUCAUAUCGUUCCAUUACUUUUAAUAUAAGUUCACUUUAAUGUAUAGUACCUAUCAAACUCAUAAAAUCUUUAUUACAAUACAUUUUCACUCUUCACCAAUUUAAUUUCACGCAGGUUUUACUUUGCAAGCCUGCAAUUUACUUUGGCAAUGUAAUUAAACACCGAACUGUUUGCUUCACUGAGAAAUGCCUGAGAUAAGCCUAAGCCAAUCUCGUACUUAGUCGUCUGGCAUUUUGGUCAGCGGGGCAAAGCCGAAAAGCCGGAGUACUCUGGGUACGAGAGUGAGAGGGGCCAGAAAUAAAGGCCGGAAAGAAUGAAGAAUCCCAAUCUCGACCCCAGUGCUUACACGAGUGGGCGCAUGCUCAGGAAUCAAAUCACAUCAAUAUGUUGUAUAAUAAAAUUUAUAAAAUAACUAAGAUAGAACGCGCUUUCUGAUUGGAUAAAAACCUAUGAUUUUUUGUGCCGUAAACUCAUAGAAAACUUAAAGUUAUUUUAUAAAAGCAAUAGACCACACUUUCUAUGGGUUUUACCGGCGUGAUAACCCACUUUGGAUGUUGGGAGAACACUUGAAAAGCUUGUAAAUCACUCGCCUUCGGCUCGUAAUUUACAAGCUUUUCUCGCGUUCUCCCAACAUCCCGCGUGGGUUAUCGCGCCGGUAAACCCAUAGAAAGUGUGGUCUAUUGCGUAAAUAACUCAUAGUAGAUUUUUCAGAUGGCAAGUACUUUCUAUAAGUUGUUUACCAUUGAAAUAGAAAUGUUGACGCCAUAUGCUGUUGAAAAGGAAAUUCAUGCGGGGACACCCCCUCAUUAAUAAUUUCUGACUAAAACAGGAAAGAAAACCCCAAGGUACGGUGGGGAACCCCCCUAAUUAUAAAAAUACAACGGUGGGUUGCUGCUUUUUUAAAGAUCUCCAAUACUGGCAAUUAGGCAUAUUAAACUUUGUAUGUUUUCUGGAAGUAAUAAACAAUUCAGUAAGGUAUUUAGAUAUUCGGUAUGGCCCGAGUGUUUGAGGAGACCACGAUAUCGCUGCUUGCUUUCAACCACCACAAAAAGCACAAAACAAUUUUUUUUUCGCGGAAUUUGCAUUAAGAGAGUGUUUGGUUCGCAACACUGAAGUGAACACUUUUGUUCUUGGCCACCAGCAUGGUCAGAUGCAUGGACGUCAUCUGAAAACAAACAAUAACAAACUCGAAUGUUUAAGAAUACAACAGUGGGUUAUUUCAAGUAUUUAGUGCUUUUUAGUGCAAGUUAUUACCCUCUCUUAGUACUCGCUAAAAACUGGCAUUUUUUCAGCCAUAUUUUUUUAAAUUUUGUGAGUUUUAUUCGGGGAUGGCAUUGUAUGACGUGUAUGACGAGGUCGGGGAUUUCCCUUUCAAAGGCCACAUUUGCGCAUGGAUGUGAGAAGUAAAAAUAUAAAACGAACCAGGAAAAUUAAGUUUCGCUUUUACUUGAGAAGCUUCGUUCCCAGGUAAUGAGUUAGUUGUGGUUUCCGCUAUGAAACCUUUUCAGUGCACAGAUUGCUCGAAGCGGUUUAAAACAGAUAAUAGCCGUGCUGAUCAUCAAAAAGCCGCACAUGGUAGGCCAGACAUGGCUUCGCGAUCAGUGAAACCUUAUCCUUGUACGGUCUGCUGGAAGCGGUUUACCACAGAUAAAGGCCGAGAGGAUCAUAUGAAAAACCCAAGCAAAAAGCAUGAGAAAAUGAUAGGUAACAUCCAUCGAUCAAUUAUAAAACUUUUACAUACCCUGUCAAUACGUACCCAAGUCCUUAUAUAGUACGGUGCGAAGAGUAAGCUUUAAUACAUGUGUUAGUACAGCCAGCCUUGCAUUCAGUUUUGUUUUUUACACGUGCUUUUGCAAAAGCCUUUGUACAACGGACGCAAGCUGAAAGUGCUCUUUUGCAUUCUUGAGCAAUGGUUUUGUUAGCCUGCGUCGCAGACAGUCUAAAUCCCUGAUAUAGACAAUAUCGAGUUCUCUAUCUGGGUCUCUGUGACAAGUUCGGCUGCAACGCAGGCUAUUGCCCGUAGUUUGGAAAAUCCAAGGCACGUGAGGGAAAGGUUCCAUCACUUCCGGAUAUAGUCUCCUUCGCAGCCGUUAUUAGGGUCGUCAUGCAACGCUCCUCCCUACUAGUGGGGAGGAGCGUUGCGUGACGACCCUAAUAACGUCUUCGAAGGAGACUAUUCCGGAUAGCGUCCGUCGCUGAAAAGCGCCCUGCCUUUCUUUCCGAAGGAGAAAAGUUGCAUAUCUUGCAUAACUUUCUAUACUCCCAGAUAUAAACUACCCUGGAACCUUGGUGUUUUUCAAGUCCCACUGGAUUAAAACGAAACUGAAAGCAAAAUUGCUUCCCACAGGCUAUGACGCAAUUUUUUGGUUGCUAAUUAGGUUAGGUGGGGAAGGGUUGUUAAGCUGAGGGAGGGAUGGAUGAAACGGUUCAAAUUUCUUUCAUUUUGUUUCACAAUAAUGGUCGUACAAAAUAUUGUACUUCGGAAUCUAGAAAAAUAACUGGGUUUAACAGAAGCCAAACAAUGUAGAAAUGUACGAAAUUUAAGAAAUAAUCAUAAUCGUCAAUAUACUAAUGGUAUGUCGAAUUUUGAGAUUAGACUGAGGCUUUCUUUGUAUGUUGGUUUAUUUCUCCGUAAAAAUAUUAUUCGAUGGAAAGUUCCUUUACGCGGUUUUCAUUUUGCCUGCCCCGCAACACACUGCUACACACCACUACACGUUUGAGGGAGAACGUUUUAGUUUAAUUUGGGUUUCCAAUUCUGUCAUGGUCUGUUUGUAAGCUAUGGUCUACCUGUAUGCUAUUAAAAGUUCUUGUCAAGGUGAGAUGUUGGGCAAAUGAUCAAUAAAAUUGGCAACGAAUUAAAGUAACUUAACUUUUUUUCGCGUUUCAGGUGAUAUAUCUUGUUCAAAUCCAUUUUGUAAACGUAAAUUUCAAUCUCAGAACAAGUUUACCCCCAGCGUCGUCGUCGUCGUCGUCGUCGUCAUCGCCGUCUUUGUUAUCGUUUUUGUUUGGUUGUUUUUCGUUGCUGUUUAUUCGCAGGCAGGCUGGUGAGGUGAAGGAAAUUCUUUAAGAUAUUGAACGGAGCCUCGCAUGGUCUUUUCCUUGGGCAGUCCUGCUACCUCACAAACAUUUCGCUGAAUUGUUUAAUUGUUUGUUUAGUUUCAGAUGAUAUAAGAGAGAAUUCUAGCCUGGAUUUGAAUAAAUUCAUAAGUGAUGAGCUACAGCCAAAUGAAGAAUUUCAUCGUCUCUUAAAUGAUGCUGUCGAUUCAUUGUACCGAGAACUUCAGACAGACUUGCAGGAUACAGAGUAUCCAAUUCAUAACCUGAUUAAGGUUGGUGGUCAGACAGCCCCCCUCCCCUCGCCCGAAAAGUGGGUGGUUGAGAAAGACGCCGGGGAAAAAGUAUCGUUGUAGAUGUCGUUAAUUUUCAACAAUAUCCCUAGAAGAUACUGGAUAUCUUAAAAGGGCGUGACACACAAUAAACGGGCGGCAGUUGAUCCUUUUUGAUAGUCUGCAAUACAUUCGAAGAUGUAGGGAAGAGUGAAAUUUGAAAUACAGGUAGAAAAGUACUUCGACCCCGGUCGUGUUGAAACACUUCCUGAAAGUAUGAGAUAAACUUAGUCUUUCCUAGAAUACAUGAAUCGGUUUCCUCUCUUUCCCUCAAUAAUGUUUCGUGGGUUUGCUUGGUAUAGCUUUUAUUGCAAAUCGCUGAUUUUUACCACUAAAAGUUAAGAUUAUUGUAUUCGAUACUUUUGCCCUGGAGUCCCCUCCUCAGAGCGGUUUCUAGCUAGACCCAGGGCCACGGUUGUCGUGUGGUCUCGUCAUUGUAGCACGAAAGCGAUAAAAAAAGGUAUGAGUGGAUCCUACAUGCCUGAGUUGUCUUUGUAGGGUGGAUCCAUAGCAAAAGGCACUGCAAUAAAAAACGACGCCGACCUGGAUUGCGUGAUGGUCAUGAACAGCAUUGACAACGCUUCACAGUUGAGACAGAAACUACCCGCCAUCAAGCGUAAGCUUAAGUCAUGCUUAAAGAGCAGCAUAGGGGGCUCAUGGAAACUGGCUUCUGCGCAGAAGGAAACGCGGUUCUCCUUGCAGUUUAAAAUGUCACGUUACCCUGGGGACCCUGGAGAGACUGUUGAGGUUGAUCUCUUGCCAACAUUUGAAGCAAACGUAGACAUCGAUGGUAAGUACGUAACCGGAAGAGUUGCAAGGUUUAGUAACUCACAGAGUUGUUAGUGUACGGCUUUUUGAAUGGGAGGCCUCCUUGAAGAAAGUCCUAGUUAACUCAACGUUCAUAACCCAACGUAACUUAACUCAUCGUAGAACUGCUUUUUACCUUGUAUAAUUGUUCACCUUGUUUUCAAUAAAUCCGCAAAAUGUGCAAAAUCAGCUAAAGCUUUGUUUUGUUUUCCCUUUUUGGUCAAAUUAAUAUGUGCUUCCAGUAAGGCAAUUUCUCUUUUUUACUACUUAUUACGAUAUUGAUCAUAUUUAUUAUUUCAUCUUGAUCGCUUAUACUUCUCUCAUACCAUUCUAAAUUCUUGUUCUUUCCAUAAUUUGAAGAAAGGUUAUCAAUGCACUAGUACUUAGCAAACUCUACUACUGUCAAGCGUUUGGUCUAGUACACCGUACGAAUAAGAAUAUCAAUAAAUUACAGCUUUGCAAAACUUCGCAGCUAGGGUCUUAACUCGUUUGUGUAAAUUUUAUCACAUCACUCCCGUUCUUAGAGAAGUAAAAUGGCUACCUGUCUCAUCCAGGGAUGGCAUACUGUCUCAUUCAAGCGCUGAAGGGAACUGGCUCCAGACUAUCUGGCUAAAAAAUUUAAAACGCGGUCCCAAAUUCGCAACAGAGACACGCGCAACAAGAAGAAGAUUGACAUUUCCGAAUACAGAACUGCCGCAGGCCAAAGGACCUUUCAUUAUCGGGCCGUUUCAGUGUGGAACGCCUUACCCGAAAGGCUCCCUAAGAUAACAAACAUUGCGGCAUUCACUUGUUUAAGACAGGGUCGCUUAUAUUACUUUUAUCUUAACGGAGAGAAUCAGAGGCUAUUCUAUUGAUAUCUUGUCUUGUGAAUAUGUAGUUUUAUAGUUUUUUUAAAAUGUUUUAUAUUUUUAUUGAGAUAAUUACUUCGAAAAUCCAUCCGUGAAAAGUAAUAGAGUUGUUGUUAUUAUUAUUAUUAUUAUUAUUAUUAUUAUUAUUAAACUGUACCCCGAAAUUUUUUCUGUCACUUGAAUAUAUCCCACGCCGUACAGUGUUCAUUUUAUUUCCUUUUGUAUCUCAGUGUGUUCAUUUAAAAAAAAAAAAAAAAAAAAAAAAAAGACUGUUCGGCUUUACUUUGCUGCAAAAUCUUAGACCGUUCAUUUUUAAAAUUGUGCUUGCUAUCAAUAUCCUCUAUUAUUUUGCUCGCAAUCAAUGCUAUUUUUAGCAAAGACCUCAUCGAAAUAAGUGAAAUUCUUAUAACAGGCUUGCACGCAAUCAAAUCCCUAUCUGGGGGACAGUUCCUGUAAUCACAGUCCCUGCACUAGUAGGCAAUAAUCCCCCGUCCCCAUCCCGGGGUUUACCAAUUCAUUCACAGGUGCAACAGACCUACAUAACCUUUGCGCGCGGAUUGAACAACUUAAACAGUGGUUAUUGGGUUGUUAGUCAACUGUCUAUCAGUAUAGCUACAAAGAUGCGUAAUAAUUUUGAGAAAUUAAUCAGACAUCAGCGUUUAGUAAAAAUACGUUUAUGAUGUUGAAUCUAUUCAUUGUCUUAGAACGAGAGAGGUUUUACAGUAAUAUGGUGCAUAAGGACAAAAAGAACCGGCGAUAUUAUUCGGCUGCCCUUGUAUUGUUUCAAAGAAACUUCGUCAUUGAACGGCCUACACUCGUAAAAAGCCUGAUUCGAUUGGUGAAGUAUUGGCGCAAGACGUUCUUUCCAAAGGAUAGUGCUAUGCCCUCCUAUCUACUGGAACUUCUCACAAUACACGCCUGGGAAAAUGCAAAUUGUCCAGAGACAUUUGACAUAAAGAUUGGCUUUAAAGCUGUUAUGGAGGUUCUUAUAAAUCACCAAAGUCUUCGUGUUUCUUGGGGAGAUUACUACAGAAAGAAUUUAAUUCCAUGCAGGUACAUUCGUGGAGUGUUUUAAAUCAGUUUAACUAGGACAAACGAGCCGCCUUUUAGAUUCUUGGGGACAUGACCUUGUCUCCGAUGUUUAAAAACCGGUAUGCUCUUCAGUUUUUUACUUUAUAUCAGUUGCAGAAUUUUGCUUAUGGUAUAUUUCCUCUUUUGGCAUUUCAGUCUUCUGUAUGGGGCAUAUAUCAUUGAUCCUGCCAACCCAACCAACAACCUGUACGCCCGUGUUGACUGCUGGGAUGUGGUGAAAAUGGUUGCGGAAGAAACCAUGCGGAAACCUCUUCUUACAGAUGUACCGGUUGCUGGUGCUAACUGGAAAUGAAGAACCACCAUUUUAUUAGAUUUAUUUGUAUAUGGAGAAUCCCUAAAAGUCUGGCGGCUUAGCUAGAGAAUUAUGCGAUUUCAUUAAUGUUUGUCUUCGAUUGACGUCAUUUUAAUAAUGUUUAUGCAGAAGCUCUUUUUCACGGCGGCCAUUUUGUUAUGCGCAGUGAGAGGUGCGCAGUGCAAAAGAAGAGAAUCACCUUACGUUUAUCCCGUAACGAAAAUGUGAAGUCAACUGGGAAGCUAUGUGCAAAGAUAUUAGUUGGUUUACAUAUAAUAAUCAAACCAACUAAAGGCGCAUUAAUUUCAAACAGUCGUUGCUUUCCGUUUCUUACCGUUGCUAUGGUAACGCAUAGUUAAGAUUAAAUGGCGUGUGAUAAACAAGACCCACUAAAGCUUCAUGAAUUUAAAUUAAUUGUGGUUUCCAUGGAAACCAAGGUAAUUCAGGCUUGGCAGUAUAUCUCAAAAUGUUUGUAUUGGUGACUCCUAUUGGUAUGCCAAAUUUCAUGCUUGUAUCUAAAACUGCACAAUUCACCCGAAAUUUCGAGCUAUGCCGCCGGACCAUAAAGGCAUUAGGGUGUAAUUUUGAGUCGGUAGCCGUUUAGGAGCCAGGCGUGUAAUCGAUGGCGUCAUCAACUAUGUAACCGCGUGAUAUCUUUUUCUUAAACUAUUGUAGUCACCCUGUAUUUUUGCAGUUCUUUAAACUGAGCUUUUAUCG